CGUCCUGCGUGUGCAGAAAAAAGGCGACUUCGGAGACACCCAUGUGAUGUUUCCCGGCCAGAUGAUGUGACACUCGGCGUCGAUUCGCUCUUUGUGUCGCUGCGGGUGACUUUACAGCGAGGAAGUGUUUUCGCAACGUCCACUCUGCACUGCGAGCCGGCGGCGGUCGUGUGCGCGCCAUAACACGCCUCUUCCAGCUUCAUAGUGAUACUGAUAGUGCAAAUAGUGCGCUGUUAUAAUUCUGUUUUCGCUUCGCAACGCGCCUCCCGCCCUCAUUCCUGUUGCUGGCUUAAGUGUGCCCUCCCCUCCCCGUGUCAGAGUGUUUGUAGACCGGGUCAGUGCGGAGGGCACGCCGGAAAAUCGAAGAACCUGAGUGGAAUGCUAGUGGAUCUAGUCGCACACAGCUGCGCUGCUGCAAGAUGGCUGACAUCACGGGCGCGCACGUCACCGUGCACGCGGGCCGCACUACGUCACGUCGCAGGUGUACCGACUCCGAGGAGCGGCGUGGCCGUCCGCGAGGACGGGGCGUUUGUCGCGGCGCGCGCGCGCGGCCCCCGCGAAACCCCGCGAAGCGGCCAGUGCGUGACGCUUGACGCGAAAGCCCCGCACUGCGUGUGUAAGUAGGACAGGUGAAGCCCGAGGCGCAAAGUUUGCGACGACUGACUGCGCCGAACCGAGGGUCUGACGCACAAAUGAGCCGGUGGUGAGGGAAAGAAGAAUGGGAGUCCGGCGAAAGGAAAGGGACGGGCGGUGGGCACCGGCGGCUCGGUCAAAAUGACUGAGUACAGCUUCUUCUUCUUGGGUACCAGGCUUACUUGUGGUACAGGAGAGGAGGAGGAGGCCUGGCAGUGAGCAGCACGGCACGCUAGUGGAACACAGUGCAGAACACUACAGGGAGGUGAUAAGAGGGGAGAAGCAACUACCCCCAAGUGACUAUCCAGGAGAGAAGGGACCUUCCACACCAGAGGACCAUGGGCACACAGAUUCUUUGACCAUCCUGCAGAGAUGGGACCGGAAAACUAGCCCUUCUGGGAAACUUCACUUUAAGUGACAAGGCAAUGACAGGGGAAAUAUAAUGGCUAAGAACAAGGAACCCCGUCCCCCGACAUACGCAGUAAGCGUUGUCGGGCUUUCAGGGACUGAGAAGGAGAAGGGUAACUGUGGGGUUGGCAAGUCAUGCUUGUGUAACAGGUAUGUGCGUCCCAAGGCAGAUGAUUACUACAUGGAGCACACCUCUGUAUUGAGCACAAUAGAUUUUGGAGGUCGUGUGGUAAAUAAUGACCACUUCCUGUACUGGGGAGAAGUGCAGCAACGUGGUGAUGAUGGCCUUGAGUGCAAAAUCCAGGUCAUUGAGCAGACUGAAUUUAUCGAUGACCAGACCUUUUUACCCCACCGCAGCACAAACCUGCAGCCGUACACCAAACGGGCUGCAGCAACCAAGCUACAGUCAGCAGAGAAACUGAUGUACAUUUGCACUGACCAGCUGGGCUUGGAGCAAGACUUUGAACAGAAGCAGAUGCCUGAUGGGAAAUUAAACAUUGAUGGUUUUGUUCUUUGCAUAGAUGUAAGUAAAGGCUGUAAUAGGAAAUUUGAUGAUCAGAUGAAAUUUGUAAACAGUUUAUACUCUCAGAUAGCAAAGUCAAAAAAGCCCAUUGUUAUUGCUGCAACAAAGUGCGACGAGUGCGUCGAGCAGUACCUAAGGGACAUCCAGGCGUUUGCAUCAAACAAAAAGAACUUGUUGGUGGUGGAGACAUCAUCUAGGACGUGUGUAAAUGUGGAUCUCUGCUUUAAUGCAUUGAUACAACAGAUUGACAAAACGCGAGGGAAACCGAAAACCAUUCCUUAUUUGGAUGCGUAUAAGAUCCAGAGACAGCUUGUUGCUACUGUGACUGAUAAGUUUGAGAAGCUUAUAGUGCAAACUGUCAAAGAUUACCACACAAGCUGGAAAGCUGUAAGUAAUAAGUUAAAAAAUCACCCAGACUAUGAGGAAUACAUCAAUUUGGAAGGUACCCGGAAAGCCCGAAACACAUUUUCCAAGCACAUAGAACAUUUGAAGCAGGAACAUAUCAAGAAAAGGAGAGAAGAAUACUUUUCCAGCCUGCCUAAAAUUCUUAAUAGCUUGCUUAGUAACCUAGAGGAAAUUGAGAACUUGAGCUGGCCAGAAGCUCAGAGUCUUCUGAAGAGUAGGCCGGAGUUCCAGUAUUGGUUUGUAAUACUGGAGCAGACACCCUGGGAUGAGACUGAACACAUUGACAAAGUAAAUGACAGAAGAGUUCCCUUUGAUCUCCUCAGAACUGCGGAAGGGGAAAAGAUUUAUCAAAAUCACGUUCAGCACUUGAUAUCUGAGAAAAGGCGAGUGGAGAUGAAAGAGAAGUUUAAGAAGACACUGGAAAGGGUACAUUUCAUCAGUCCGGGACAGCCCUGGGAAGAGGUCAUGUGUUUCGUCAUGGAGGACGAAGCGUACAAAUAUAUCAGUGAAUCUGAUCGCAGGGAUGUUUACAGCAGGCACCAACGGGAAAUAGUUGAACGAGCCAAAGAAGAAUUUCAGGAAAUGCUGUUCGAGCAUGCGGAGCUGUUCUAUGACCUGGACCUAAACGCCACCCCUAGCUGUGACAAAAUGAGUGAGAUUCAUGCAGUACUCAAUGAAGAACCAAGGUACAGAGCUCUGCAGAAACUUGCCCCAGACAGGGAGUCCCUUCUGCUGAAACACAUUGGUUUCGUGUAUCACCCCACCAAGGAGACUUGUCUCAGUGGCCAAAGCUGUGUGGACAUAAAGGUGGAGCAGGUUCUUGCUAACAGACUUGUCCAGCUGGACCACGGUCGCUCUAAUCUGUACCAUAACAGUGCCAACAUCGAUAAAGUUAAUCUCUGUCUCCUAGGUAAGGAAGGUCUCGCCCAAGAGCUGGCGAAUGAGAUCAGAGCACAGUCGACAGAUGAUGAGUACACCCUUGAUGGGAAAAUCUAUGAGCUAGAGCUUAUGCCUAUUGAAGUUAAUCCGGCCUUGCUACUCGGCCAUUCCUUUGCACCCAACUUCAAACCUCAUGGCUGUUUUUGUGUGUUCAGUUCUAUAGAGUCACUGAAUUUCAUUGGUGACUGCGUUAGCAGAAUCCGGGCUGAGAUCGCACAAAACAGGAGGGACAGAUUUAUGCCACCAUUGCCAUUUAUUUUAAUUCUAGCAAACCAGAGAGACAGUGUGUGCAAAAAUUUGCCUAUCUUGAGACAUCAGGGCCAACAACUUGCCAAUAAGCUCCAGUGUACAUUUGUAGAUGUGCCCUCUGGCACAUUUCCACGAAAAUUCAAUGAAUCUCAAAUAAAGCAAGCUCUUAGAGGGGUACUGGAGGGACUAAAGCACAAUUUUGAUGUAAUGAGCCCUCUCCCUUCCAUUAAAGACUUGUCUGAGACAGACUUGCGCAUCGUCAUGUGUGCUAUGUGUGGAGAUCCAUUCAGCGUGGACCUCAUUCUUUCUCCUUUCCUGGACUCGCAUUCCUGCAGUGCUGGACAGCCUGGACAAAGCAACACAUUAAUUCUUGAUAAGAUCAUUGGGGACAGUCGCAGACGAAUACAGAUCACUGUCCUCUCUUACCACUCCUCCAUCGGCAUCAGGAAAGAUGAGCUCGUUCACGGCUACAUUCUGGUCUACUCAGCAAAGCGGAAGGCCUCUAUGGCUAUGCUGAGGGCUUUCCUGGCUGAAGUCCAAGAUGUCAUCCCAGUCCAAAUGGUUGCAAUCACAGACAGCCAGGCUGAUUUCUUUGAGAAUGAAGCUAUCAAAGAACUGAUGACUGAGGGGGAGCACAUUGCCACAGAAAUCUCAGCUAAGUUCACGGCUCUCUAUUCGCUCUCUCAGUAUCACCGACAGACGGAGGUCUUCACACCGUUCUUCAAUGAGGUGCUGGACAAGAAGAGCAGCAUCGAGGGGUCGUUCAUGUUUGACAACAGCCGGGAUGGUGCCAGCGAGGACGUCUUUCCCCAGUCGCCCUAUGGACACUCGCCUGGAUACACCUACCCUGACUCAGAGGAUGACACAGAGGCACCUCCACCCUACAGUCCUAUUGGUGAUGAUGUCCAGCUGCUGCCUACUCCCAGUGAGCGCACUAAGUAUAAAAUUGACCUGGAAGGAAACGAAUAUCCGGUCCACAGCACGCCUGUCAGCGACCACGAGCGCAACCAUAAAGUGCCUCCCCCUGUCAGGCCUAAGCCCGUUCUCUCAAAGCCCGGUGUAAAGAAGCUGGACCCAAACCUGCUAAAGACCAUUGAAGCAGGUAUGAGGAGCACAAGGAGAACUCGGGUCCCCUUGGCCCAUGGGGAGGAUAUUGAGGGCUCUGACAAUUACGCAGAGCCUGCAGACACCCUUCUCAAAUCUAAGGGCUUCAAUGACGACAUUUAUGCUGUGCCAGACGAUACCCAGAGCCGAAUUGUUAAGCUGCGUAACCCUAUAGGGGGCCUUCAUGGCUCACAUGUGGAUGAAGAGAAUGGCUUUGACCGAAUGUCCAAGUCCCAGGGAGGCCGAAGGCCUUCUAAGUACAAGCAUCGCUCCAAGAUACUCUUCAGCAAAACAAAAGCAUACCAUAGGCGUGCCCACUCUGAUGCUAGUGAUGAUGAGUCUGGCCCAGCGAUGCAGAAGAAAAAGAAGGGCAGGGGACAUCGGGGCAGUGAAGAGGACCCUCUGCUCUCGCCUGUUGACCCAUGGAAGGGAGGAAUAGACAACCCAGCCAUCAUAUCCGAUCCGGAACAAGAGGACAAAAAGUCAAAGAAAAAGAAGCCACCAAAGACAAAGGAACCAAAAAAGACAAAAUCGAAGAUUACCAAACCUUUGUAUCCACCCACCCGGAGGAACUGGGAGAGCAACUACUUUGGCGUACCCCUCGAGAAUCUUGUUACACCUGAGAGACCAAUUCCACUGUUCAUUGAAAAGUGUGUGGACUACAUUGAACGAACUGGACUGACAACCGAGGGCUUGUAUCGUGUGAGCGGAAACAAGACGGAUCAAGACAACAUCCAGAAACAGUUUGAUCAAGACCACGGAGUGGACUUAAUGGCCAUGGAUGUAGCGGUCAAUGCCGUGGCAGGAGCCCUCAAGGCCUUCUUUGCCGAUCUGCCUGACCCUCUCAUACCCUACAACCUGCACCCGGAGCUGGUGGAAGCAGCCAAACUGGCAGAUCCCCUGGAAAGACUCCAUGUGUUAAAGGAGAUAGUGAGAAAAUUCCCCCCAGUGAACUAUGAAGUGUUCAAGUACGUCAUAACUCACCUAAACAGGGUGAGUCAGCAGAGCAGGACCACACUGAUGACAGCAGACAACCUGUCCAUCUGCUUCUGGCCUACGCUGAUGCGGCCCGAUUUCGAGAACAAGGACACUUUGUCCACGACCAAGCUCAACCAGUCGGUCAUCGAGUCCUUCAUUCUACAGAGCCAGUACUUCUUCUACGAUGGCGACAUAGCCGAGCUGGCCGGGCUCGAGGAUGUGGCACCUGCACAGCCCCAGGGCAUGGUGGAACCCCUGGUGCCCCUCCAGCUGCCCCCUCCGCUCCAGCCCCAGCAGGUCCAACACCAGCUGCCGCCUGAUCCCCUCAUGUAGCUACCCCUUCUUGCCGCCGCUCCUCAUGUAGGCUCCGGAUAAGAGCAGCAGUUGGAUCGAUACACUUCCAAAAUGACAAAGAAAGAAGUUUCUCUCAAUGUCUAUCACUCCGCUUUUAUUAAUCCGAAUGAAUCCAUGGCAUUGUAGCUCCAGCGAGAGUUUCCUAGACGUGUUGUGUGUGGGAGUCUUGGGGCCCAAUGCUGACGUGAGGGGAGGGGCCGCACCCUUCUUUGCAUCCCCUUUCUGCUGCAUGUGUCCAUGGCAACGCUGGUGGAGAAAACACGACCCACUGCUCCUCUCUCCAAGAUGCCAAGGAAGAGAUGCAUUUAAAAAAACACUUUCUGCUUGUUUGGUUUUGUUUUCAAGAGGAGUCAAACGUAUGUUAGCGUGUCGUACAUAAAAUGGGAAACAACAUUAUGUGUCCAGUGGUUUUGAUGGCUGUACUGAGCACAGUACGUUGUACUCUUGUUUUAAAUUCUUUUGCCAGCUGAAUUUUUUUUUAAUACACAUGAUUUUACUGUGGAAGAGCAGAAAGUGACUGGGUGGCUAGGGUCCAGCGGAGCUUGGUUGCUUUUCCUGGUGCCUCCAGUCAUCAGGCCCUGUUCUGGAGGAUUCUAAAUGUAUAGAAGUGAUGUGAACACUCCUGCGACAUGUGUCCUGGUGGACCUGCAGCCUGCAGAAUUCCUGACCCUCCGAAAGGGCGCGUCCCAACUGAUCCCUUGUGGCACAUCUCUGUGGACACACGCAUUGCAAGCACUCUGGAUCUUUUGUUUACCUUUAUUUUUCUGUUCUUUUUCCUUAACAUCUUAGUGAUACUUGCUUUCAUACAAUAAAAGAAAUUUGAAUAGAUGCUUUGUUUAAGGUAAAUUUGCAUGUGUUUUGUCUCCUGAAGAUGCAAAGAAAAAAAUCAUGUUGUACACAAAAGGCUUAUUUACAUUCAAGGUUUUUUUUCUUAACUUGGUUGAAGGGAAUUUUAAAUGGGGGCAGAGGCAAAGAGGAUAUGAUUAUUUUUUUCUUACAAGUUUUGAAGUCUUUUUAUAACAUCCCAAUAUCAUCUGGUUUACAGUACCAUAUUUUAACCAAAUCAGUUAUUCCAGAAUCAUAUUUCUUCAAUAGAUUAUUUCCCUGUUUCCCUAAAAAAGAGCGUG